AUGCUCUCUGCCUUUACUGCCCGGCCCAUUGUCGAGCUCAAGGCGCGCGACAAGUCGAGGAUCGAGUCCAUCCUCGCAUACGGCGACCGUGUACUUGUUGGCCUGAACACGGGUGCUCUGCGCAUCUACCGUGUGAAUGACCAGAUCGAGGAUGUAGAAGCCGACCGCAAGCAGAACGGCGACCACAACGGUGAAAGCGAGCCUCCAACAGCACCCAAAGCCAGACCCGCCGAUCUCCUACGCGAAGAAGAGAAGUUCUCCCGGCGACCGAUACAACAGCUGGCGAUUAUCAAAGAAGCGAAUAUCCUCGUCUCGCUUUCGGACAACUAUGUCUCGAUACACGAUAUACAAACGUACCAGCUGCAGGAGAAGCUAGAGAAGACUCGGGGUGCGACUACCUUUGCGGCGGCAAGUAACAUCGUCAAGGAUCCUUCGACGGGCAUACCAUCCAUUGUGAGCCACCUGGCUGUGGCGGUGAAGCGGAAGAUCAUACUGUGGACAUGGCAGGACAUGGAGUUGACGGGCGACGCGGUGGAGAUCUCGCUCAUUGCUUCUGUCAAGAGCCUGACGUGGGCGACAGGGACAAAGAUUGUCGCUGGCAUGGAUCCCGGCUUCGUCAUGGUUGACAUCGAGACGCAGGAGGUCCAAGACAUAAUCAAGCCAGGCGCGCUGGCAGAGAAUGGGAGCCAGGGCGGAGCACGUUUCGGCGCUGUCUCGUCGUCAGGCAUGGGAUACAUGGGCAUGGGAAGUUGGGUGCCCAAACCCCUCGCGACACGACUUGGAGAGGGCGAAUUGUUGCUGGCCAAGGACGUAAACAGCCUGUUCAUCGACACAGACGGAAAUGCCCUCGAGAAACGACAAGUGCCCUGGCAGUCUGCCCCUGAGACAAUCGCGUAUUCGUACCCGUAUAUGCUCACACUGCUGCCACCGUCCAAGGGCAGUCUGGAAGUCAGGAAUCCGGAUACGCUGAACUUGCUACAGAUGAUCUCACUACCAAACGUCAGCUUCCUUCACGUGCCGCAGCCCAACAUCAGUCUAGCCCACGCCGGGAAGGGUUUCCUCGUUGCGAGCGAUCGAUGUAUAUGGCGGAUGGGAGCGCAGAGCUACGAAACACAGAUUGAUGAGCUCGUCGCCAAUGGGCGCUACGAUGAGUCGCUAAGUCUGCUGAAAAUGCUCGAAGACACUCUGCUCCUUGAUAAAGAGGAGAGGGUUCGGGAGAUACAAAUCCUGAAAGCUCAGGCCUUGUUCGACCAGAAGAAGUACCGUGAAGCCAUGGAACUCUUCGUCGACGCCAAAGCACCGCCUGAGCGCGUCAUCGCAAUGUACCCCCGAUCCAUCGCUGGCAAUCUAGCGCCAGAAGAAAGCGUAAAGGGCGACGGAAGCGUGGCCGACGAGGAAGAAACCAACGGAGAGAAGCCCGCCAAAGAACAAGAAGAAAGCACACCCGCGCCUGUAGCUACCAUCGGCCGCUCAAUGAUGGGUCGUUUCGGCGUUGGAGGACACAAGAAAGUCGAUUCGGACACGGCUUCCAUACGCACCAACUCGGCCAAAGACGACACCAUGGAAACAGCCAGCAUCCGGAAGAGACCAACAGACCCCUCCUCCCAGCCAGAUAAACCCGCCGCCGGUGAAAAAGAGUUCAAAGACUCUGUUCGCGCGUUACAGUCGUUUCUUACUCAAUGUCGCGUCCAGAUUAAACGGUAUAUAGACACGGAUGGUAAUCUGAAGGAGCCUCUCCCUACGCCCAGUGGCAGUCAGCUCGAAGCUGAUAAACCACCCUUCCACAUUUUCAUCGAAGAGUCCUCCCUCACGUCUCCCAUAGACUGGAAAGCCAAGCUCCUUGACGUUGCCCAGCUCGUCGACACAACGCUCUUUCGCGCGUACAUGAUUGCGAAUCCCAGUGUCGCAGGCUCUCUAUUCCGUCUCCCCAACUUUUGCGAACCAGACGUUGUGCAGGAGAAAUUGUACGAGACGGGGCGGUAUGCCGAUUUGAUUGAUUUCCUGCAUGGCAAGAAAUUGCAUCGGCAAGCUCUGGAGCUUCUCGAGAAAUUCGGCAAGAACGAGGCGGACGAAGAGGUGAGUCCACAGUUGCAAGGCCCGACUAGGACGGUGGGCUAUCUACAAGCAUUGCCACCAGAGCUUAUCGAUCUUAUCCUGGAAUACGCGGAAUGGCCACUGAGGAUUGAUCCGAAAUUGGGUAUGGAAGUCUUCCUCGCUGAUACACAGAAUGCGGAGGAGCUGCCGAGGGACCAGCUCAACGAUCUUAACGUGGACUUUCAUCAAAGACUUGUUGAUUUACUCCUGGAAAGACUCAAAAGUGGGGAGUUUGACAACGACGAGGAAAAGAUGGAUUGGAAGCACAGGCUUGAGGUUUUCCUGAAGAAGGGGAAUGCGCAGUACAAUCGGUAUAGGGUGUUUCAGCAGUUGCCUGGGAAUGAUCCGGAUUACUACGAAGCUCGAGCCAUCGUCCUGAGCAAAAUGGGAUCGCAUAAGCAAGCCCUGGCAAUCUAUGUCUUCCAAUUGAAGGACUACCAAAAAGCUGAAGAAUACUGCAACCAGGUCUACACGGCACCACCCACCACACCCACCUCGCCCAACUUGUCCCACUCCCCAUCCCCGCCAGCAACAAGAGGCUCAAUCGAAGACACGGAGCUAUCCAUCUACCACGUCCUGCUCUCCCUCUACCUGCAACCCCCACCGCCGCAUCAACCAAACUGGCCCCCAGCUCUCGACCUCCUCUCGAAACAUGGCGCAAGACUGCCUGCAGCAACUACUCUGGAUUUGAUCCCCCCAACUCUGCCCGUCAAAGACCUCGAAUCCUACUUCUUCGGGCGCAUACGAAAUGCAAACUCGCUCUUGAAUGAAGAGAGGAUAGUCGCGCAGCUCCGCGGCGUAGAAAAGGUCGCUGUGGAAUCGGCCGUGUUGCUCGGCCCAGAGAGUAAGAGGGACAUGUACGGUAGGAGCGUGCCUGGGGGGUUGAAUAGGCGUGUUGUUAUCGAUGAGGAUAGGCAUUGUGCGGUGUGCCAUAAGAGGUUUGGUGGAAGUGCGAUUCGUGUCUUUCCAGAUAACAGUGUGGUGCAUUCGGGAUGUAUGAGGGGGAGCGUGGGGCUGGGGAUCGGUGGUGUGGGAGGGGGGAGGAGGUCGGCGAGUGGGGUGGGUGGAAGCGGAUGGCGGUAG